AUAUAAAAAUAAAUGAAAACAAAAAUUCGUACGGUUGUGCGGAUCGAGACUAAUGAUAAUUAAGACUAGUGAUAAUUAUAGUUCUGUCACGUACGCUACAAAAUAAAAGCUUUAGUUUAAGAUAAGAUUUGUAACUGACAAAUCGUGAUGUGUAAAGUUCACCCAAAAAAAAGAUUUGUAACUGACGUAGUUAAUAUUUUUUGGGAUUAGCAAUUACUAUGGAUGGAUUUUCUUACCACAAUUUCAUAUAAUGUCUUUAUGAAGCAAAUUCUAUCACUAACAAAUCAUCAAAUAUAUGUACUACUUUUAAUUUCAACUGACAAUCAAAACAUAACUCUAAAAUCUCUAAUACCUCUUUUAUCAACAAAAAAAAAAAAAAAUUUCUAAUACCUCAAAAAAAAAAACAAUAAUUAUACGUCAUCAUGGGAAGUUCCGAGUGUCACGAAACUCAUGUUCUAAUGGUAACACUACCAAUGCAAGGUCACAUCAAUCCAAUGCUCAAAUUCGCCAAACAUAGCUCACGAUCGAACCUCCGCUUCACCCUGGCCACCACUGAUCAAGCCCGUGACCUCGUCUCUUCCGCCGCCGCCACCACCACCGGAAACAACCCAUGUAGCCCGGUGGAUCUCGCUUACUUCUCCGACGGUCUGCCUAAAGACGACCCAAGAGCCGAACCAACUCUCCUAGAGUCGUUGAGAAAUGUCGGAGGAAAUAACUUGUCUAAAAUCAUUGGUGAAAAGAGAUUUUCUUGCAUCAUCUCUUCUCCUUUUACUCCAUGGGUUCCAGCCGUUGCAGCAGCUCACAAUAUCCCUUGUGCGAUCCUCUGGAUCCAAGCUUGUGGAGCUUACUCGGUGUAUUACCGUUACUACAUGAAGACAAACGUUUUUCCCGACAAUCUCGAAGAUAUGAAUCAAACAGUGAAACUACCGUCUUUACCUUUGUUGGAAGUCAGAGAUCUCCCUUCGUUUAUUUUGCCCUGUGAAGGAAGUCACUUCUAUAAGCUCAUGGCAGAGUUCGCAGAUUGUUUGAAAUAUGUGAAAUGGGUUUUGGUGAACUCGUUCUACGAACUCGAAUCAGAGAUCAUCGAGUCGAUGUCGAGUCUCAAACCUAUAAUCCCAAUAGGUCCUCUAGUUUCUCCUUCUCUGUUGGGAGCUAAUCAGGACCAAACCCUAGAUGGGGAAAAUUUGGAUAUGUGGAAAGCUGAUGAUCAUUGUAUGAAGUGGCUUGACAAGCAAGCUAGGUCUUCGGUUGUUUACAUAUCUUUCGGAAGCUUGCUCAAAUCUUCGGUGAAUCAAGUCGAGACCAUAGCGACGGCUCUGAGAAACAGAGGAGUUUCAUUUCUCUGGGUGAUUAGACCUAAGGAGAACGCCCAAAACGUCGGCGUUUUGCAAGAGAUGGUACAAGAAGGACAAGGGGUCGUUAUUGAGUGGGGUCCUCAAGAAAGGAUACUGAGCCACGUGGCGAUCUCUUGUUUUGUUACACAUUGUGGUUGGAACUCCACGAUAGAGACGGUGGCGGCUGGUGUUCCGGUGGUGGCAUACCCGAGCUGGACGGAUCAGCAGAUCGACGCAAGACUGCUGGUGGAUGUGUUUGGGAUAGGUGUGAGGAUGAGAAACGACGCCGUAGAGGGCGAGCUUAAAGUCACAGAGGUAGAGAGAUGUAUCGAGGCUGUGACAAAGGGAACUGCGGCGGCGGGUAUGAGGAAAAGAGUGACGGAGCUUAAGCAGGCUGCAAGAUUGGCGAUGGCGCCUGGUGGAUCUUCGGCUCAAAAUUUGGACUCGUUCAUCAGAGAUAUCACAAUCAUCUGACUCGUUACAAAUCCGUUGUCAUCAGUUGUAUUUUUAUUUAAUCCGUUUCUCUUUGUAUUUAAUCUGUCGGAUCUGUUUUAUAAUGAUGUAUUCUACUUUAAAUUAAUAUAUAAUCAAUAAGAAUAAAUAAAAAGAUUAGCACCAAAGCC